AUGGCGCACUGGGUUAGGGAGAGUGAUGGCAGUGACAGCUUCGAAUGGGAUAGCGAUGGCAAUGGGGAGGAGGCAGCGAGCUUCAACGCUGCUGGUGCCAGUUCAUCAGCAAUGACAUCAACGAACACUGAUGCUCCAGGCCCAUCGACACGGGUUGCUAAUGGCAAUGGGAAGGCUGGGCCAUCUGCCGCUUUGGUUCAGAAGUAUAUGGACAUGGGUUUUGCAGAAGAGAUUGUUCUGAAGGCCAUGAAGGACAAUGGGGAUAAUGGAGCAGAUUCAUUAAUUGAGCUUCUUCUUACUUACCAGGAACUAGGCAAUGAUCUCAAAGUGGAUAAUGGCUUUGCUUCUGGUUGUGUCCCCCAAACUGUUGACGAUAGUGAUGAUGAUGACAUUCUAGAAAACUGGGAUGAUGAGGAUGCUGGUGGUAGAAGCACAAGGGUUGCUAGCUCUUUUGAUGAUUCUGGAGACGAGACCGCAGGAGAUGGUUACUGUGGCAAUUUGUCUGACUAUGAGGAUAAUUCCUAUGGAGGGAGAAACAAAGGAAGACCAGUGGACAGAUCGCUGCCUUCACAAGCUAUGGGUCCACCAUACUUCUACUACGAGAAUGUUGCUCUUGCUCCAAAAGGUGUCUGGACUACCAUAUCAAGAUUCUUGUAUGAUAUUCAGCCGGAGUUUGUGGACUCGAAGUACUUCUGUGCUGCUGCCAGGAAAAGAGGUUAUAUACACAAUCUGCCGCUUGAGAACAGGUCACCUCUCCUCCCCAUACCUCCAAAGACAAUAUCCGAAGCAUUUCCUCAUACCAGGAGGUGGUGGCCAUCAUGGGACCCAAGACGACAGUUCAAUUGCCUCCAGACUUGUAUGUCUAGUGCAAAACUGUUAGAGAGGAUACGUGUAGCCCUUACAAACAGUUCAGAUCCACCUCCUCCAAGAGUUCAAAAGUUUGUGUUGGAGGAGUGUAGGAAAUGGAAUCUCGCUUGGGUUGGCUUAAACAAGGUUGCUCCUUUAGAGCCUGAUGAGAUGGAGUUUCUACUCGGCUUUCCGAAGGAUCACACCAGAGGUAUCAGCAGGACAGAGAGGUAUCGAUCUCUAGGAAAUUCAUUUCAAGUUGAUACUGUUGCUUACCAUCUCUCAGUCCUCAAGGAUAUGUACCCACAAGGCAUGAAUGUACUGUCUUUUUUCUCUGGUAUUGGAGGAGCAGAGGUAGCUCUCCACAGGCUUGGUAUACGCAUGAAGACAGUUAUUUCAGUAGAGAAGUCUGAGGUCAAUAGGACGAUUCUGAAGAGUUGGUGGAGUCAGACGCAGACUGGUCUUCUGAUUGAGAUUAGUGAUGUGCAGACACUGACAUCUGAGAGGAUCGAGGCUUAUGUUAGAAGAAUCGGCGGCUUUGAUCUUGUGAUUGGUGGAAGUCCCUGUAACAAUCUUGCUGGGAGCAACCGUCACCACAGAGAUGGUUUGGAGGGCGAACAUUCUUCAUUAUUCUACCACUAUGUUAGGAUCUUAGACUCCGUCAAGUCCAUCAUGGAGCGUUUGUAG